AUGGUUCAAGCAAGACUCGCGCUGCUGCUGCCGCUCCUCCUGCUGAUCACAGGAGCCGCCUCCUCCUCCGCCGACGAGGCUGGCAAGAUUGUGAACGGCACCACCGCUGCCCCAGGGGAGUUCCCCUUCAUCCUCUCGCUGCGUCGCGCCAAAAGCGGCCACCACUCGUGCGGCGCCACGCUGCUCAAUCCGCUGUGGGUCCUGACCGCCGCCCACUGCGUGCGGGGCCCGAGGCCCGAGCAGCUGGACCUGCAGUACGGCAGCCAGCUCCUGGCGCGCAAUGCCAGCAAUCUCGCGCGCGUGGCCACCAUCUUCGUCCAUCCGGGCUACGAGCCGCAGGACAAGUUCAUCCACGACAUCGCCCUGCUGCAGCUGGCGCAGCCAGUCGCACUGAGCAAGUUCGUCCAGCCGGUUCGCCUGCCGGAGCCGCGGCAGGAAACGCCCGGCAACGCCACCGCCAUCCUCGCAGGCUGGGGAUUGAAUGCGACCGGCGGCGUGGUCCAGCAGCAGCUGCAGAAGGUCCAGCUGCAGGUGUUCGGCGACCAGGAGUGCAGCGAUCGCCACCAGACGCAGCUGCACGCCAGCCAGAUCUGUGCGGGAUUGCCCGAGGGCGGAAAGGGCCAGUGCAGCGGCGACUCCGGCGGUCCGCUGAUCCUCACCAACACCGACACCCAGGUGGGCAUCGUUUCCUGGAGCAUCAAGCCCUGCGCUCGCCCGCCCUUUCCCGGCGUCUUCACCGAGGUCUCCGCCUACGUGGACUGGAUCGUGGAGACGGUGGGGAGCAGCAGCAGCAGCUCGUCUUCGCUCUGGGUGGGCCAGCUGAUCGUGGGACGCUCCCCGCCUGCUCUCACCUAA